GGGGCAACCGGGGUUGCCCGGGGAAAGAGCUGAGAAGCAAGGAGAGGGGGGUGGGGGAGAUAUGGAGACACAAAGAACUCCGACUGAGUGCUCACAAGAGUUGGAAACUCCUUGCUAUGAGGGGAGGCAGCAAACGACUCUCCCGGAAGGGAGAGUUAGGCUAGCCUUCCCGAACCCGGCUCGUCGAGCGGAAGAGGAAGACAGAAGGGAGGAGGCGGAGGAAAGAACAGAGGGGGGAAAUAAGGACAGGAGAGACGAAGAUAGGUGCCACAUGCGCACACGAAUGGCGAUUCUAGAGGAGGGUUUUCACACUAUGCGUCAACAAGGCCGGCUGAGGGUGGUGCCGCUAGUCUUUAUGAGGAACUUGGCUGGAUUGCAGAUAUUGGUCACCACGCAGGAAUCUGAUGAGGACGAGGUUCGCUUUGCCAUGACUAACCUGGAAGAUCAUCCAUCACAGCAAAGAGUUGUGGCAACGGCCAAGAGUUGGGUGGGGGAGAACUAUGAGGUCAAACCGAUCGCGAGAAUAUCCGCGAUCAGGCUGAUAGAAAAAGUGGAGGACAGAAGACCGAUGGGAUUGACCAUCUUCCUGUUGCGGGCUGAUCUUUACAUGGAUGCCCAACUGCCCUCGCUGGGGCCGCAGUUGCUGUGGAGCGAAUUUGGCCAACUGCUAACGUUGGCCAUGCAAGCAGCAUCGGGAUUCGCCACAACGACUACAGAGACCAGACUGAAGGAGGAGAGAAUCUCGCGGGAUGGAAGAAGGGAGUUUGGGGAUGGCUUCCAGAUCUGGGUUCCAGCAAUGGGAACAAUGGGAGGGGUGGCGAUCAUAAUGACUGGGCAUUUCCAGGGGGAGGUGUUACAUUUCUUUGCAGAUACACAGGGGAGGUGGGCGUGGAUAUGGAUGGAAAUGGAUGGACAUAAAUUGGUGAGAGUGACAACCAGGCCGAUGGCGCUCUUAGACCAUAAAUUGCUGAUGAUAGAAGUGUUGUCCCCAGCUCUGGUGGAAACAAAGGCCCCGCCGCCAACGGUUCCCCAUUGGAUGUUUCGGGACUUGCUUUAUCUCAGAUUGAUAAGGCAGCAUUGGGAAUACUGGGAGAAAUUGAGAACUCCGGGGACAUCGGCAGCCACACACUUUCAAAUGGGACUGCAGGGACUGGCCGCCCUCUUGCUAGCAAGAGCAAAAGCCACAAGGCAAGCACACAUGAGGACAGGACAAAAGUAUGGCGAAAGAUUGGAAGAGCUGGGAUCAGAUCCCCCAGAGGGAGAGGAGGAGGAAUGGUGGAUACAAUGGGCGACACUCAAAGCACAGUGGGAGGAGUGGCAAGAGGAAGAUGCACGAAAAUGGGGAGUGGUGUCUAAAACGAAGUGGGUGAGAUUGAGAGAGAGGAUGUCAGCCGCUUUCUUUGGGCAAAUGCAGACAAGAGGACGAGCCAUGGUAAUUACCGUACUGCAGCAUCCGUUUCAGACGGAUGAGCUAGUCGUGGAGACCACACAGGAGAUAUUGCGGUAUGCGAAGACCUUUUAUUCGGACCUCUACACGGAAUCGGAGAGAUGGGGGGAGGAGGAAAUCAGGGAGGCAGCAAGAACUGGGGUCUGGAAAAAGGCAACGACUAAACUGCGGGAAGAACAGAGUCGGGAACUGAAGGAAGCUAUAACAAGUCAAGAGAUAACUAAAGCACUUGCAGACAUGCCAAAAAGGAAGGCCGCGGGCCUGGAUGGCCUGCCGAUGGAUCAUCUUCAGGCUGCAGAAGAAGUGUUUAUGCCAUUGCUUCAAGAACUGUGUAAUGCAUUCUUUGUUGAAGGACAAAGUCGUCGAGAGGGUUUUGGGGAGGCAACUAUCAUCCUGUUGCACAAGAAGGGAGAUUUAACGGACAUCAGGAACUGGAGGCCAGGAUCAUUGCUGUCAGCGGCAUAUAAACUAUAUGCAAAAAUCCUGGCAAAUCGAAUGACGAAGCCCCUUCCGUCACUCAUCCAUCCAACCCAGACGGGGUUUGUGCCAGGAAGAGAGAUCCUAACCAAUGCCAUCAUGGCAAGGGAGGUCCUGCACAGAGCUGCAGACACAGUGCCACCAGUAGCGGUUCUACUCUUGGAUUUUGAAAAAGCAUACGACAGGGUUAGAUGGCGAUUCUUGUUACAAGGGUUGGAGGAAAGAGGGUUUGGAGAUAGGUUUGGAAGAACAGUGGGGUGCUUGUUGGCAACCGCUACGCCACGAAGGAUGGGGGGGAUGGGCUUGCUGGAUCCACACAAACAAGCAGCUGCGCUGAAAAUGAGAACUGUACUUUGGCUCCUGCUGGAAAGGGAUGAUGCCCCCUGGAAGAUUCUCAUAUUGCACAGUAUGGCACAGACUCUGCGGGUGGAUCUUGCGGACGUGGAGACGGCGCUGCUGCACCCGCAGUUGCAACAGGGACUCACCCGAGAUGAACUCUGGUCACCGACUCUGGAGAAAUGGAGGAAAGCCCCCUUGAGACAGAAGGUACCCCAGUCGAUUGACCAGAUACUUGGACAAUCACUUUUUGGGAAUCGGCAUAUAGGAGAGAAGGGCCACCCAUUUCCCUGGCAAGGGAAACAAGGAGUCUUUGGACGGCAGUGGCUGAAGUGUGGGGUGCACAGGGUGGGAGAUUUAUGGGAUAGGGAGAAGGGAAGUUGGAAAGAGGAGGAAGUGCUUGACCAACUCCUCAGACACCAACCGGAUAAGAGGAUUAGACUGGCUAGACUGAGACAGGCGAUCCCGAAGGAAUGGGUGGGGAGAAUGGAGAGGGAUGAGAGGAUUCGGGGGGAGUGGGUGGCGCUGAGAACAGGUGAAAUUCUUGGAUUUAUGGAUGACGAACUUCUGCGAAAGCAUUUGCCAAGGACGUUCUCAUUAAUCAAGAACGAAAGUUGGGGGAUCGAAGACGAUCAGAUACCGUCCUAGUCUCAACCAUAAACGAUGCCGAUUAGAGAUUGGCGGAUGUCUAUUGGAUGACUCUGCCAGCACCUUGUGAGAAAUCAAAGUUUACGGGUUCCGGGGGGAGUAUGGUCGCAAGGCUGAAACUUAAAGGAAUUGACGGAAGGGCACCACCAGGCGUGAAGCCUGCGGCUUAAUUUGACUCAACACGGGGAAACUCACCAGGUCGAGACAUAGCAAGGAUUGACAGAUUGAGAGCUCUUUCUUGAUUCUAUGGGUGGUGGUGCAUGACCGUUCUUAGUUGGUGGAGUGAUUUGUCUGGUUAAUUCCRUUAACGAACGAGACCUCAGCCUACUAAAUAGCUACGCGGGGACCUUUCCUCGUGGUCAGCUUCUUAGAGGGACUGUUGGACGACUAGCCAACGGAAGUUUGAGGCAAUAACAGGUCUGUGAUGCCCUUAGAUGUUCUGGGCCGCACGCGCGCUACACUGAUGAAUCCAACGAGUCGC